CUUUUAUCUUCCAAAAAUAAUUCCCAAGGUUCACUAUUGGAGUCACCCCCCAACUGUAAGUAUGUUUUGAUUAUUAUUUUAUUAUUUUAUUAUUUUAUCAUUUUAUCAUUUUUUUAUCUUCUUUCCGUGUCAACACCUAUUCCGCCACCAUGCAUCCUCCAUUCAACACCAUAGCGCAUACAAGGGAUUCCCCCUUUGAAACUCUCACCACUUCUUCCAAGCGAUCCCAUCUGCCAAAGACUCCCAUUGGAAUUCCGGCUGGGCCUAUCAACAAUAACCUUUUUAUUGAUGGACAAAACUCCCCAGCAUGGUCUGUGGAUAUUCCGCUGGGUUCCAACCCAGGAGUCCGCGGCGGGCCAUAUGUCGCAGCUUCAUGGACCACCCGCCCUUGAAUAUACGACUCCGCGCUCCAAUUCCGUUGGAAAGGCGAGUAAGAACGGCGUUGAGAUGGAGGAACGAUGCGAUU